AUGUUUUACAUAGAAUUUAGUAAUUUUUUAAACAUAAUCAAAGCAAGUGAAUAUUUCUGUAUAAGCAUGGAAUCUUUAUCAAAUGACUGUAAUACAACAAUUAAUUUGGAUCUUAUUGAUAAAAAAGAUUGCAUGAUGGAUUCACGCUAUAAGAAAAAUAAAAGUGGUAAAUACAUUCUGAAUGAAAAAACAAAUCAACGGACACAUUUUUCAAACAAUGAUAGUUUUUCUUAUGAAAAUCACGAACAUCAAAAUUUCUUUUAUAAAUCAGAAACUUUAACUACUCCUAAUCCAGUUAUUUCUUAUUCAAAAAAACCAUUUGUUGAAGCUAAAGAAAAUCCUAUAAAAAAACAUUAUAAAUUCAAUGAAAAUGUUUUUUAUGAAAACAUAAUCAGUUAUUAUAAUGAGUUUAUUGUAAUACUUGAAGAUUUAAAAAAUAAUUCUAUGUUAUCAUUUGAAGCUAAAAGAAGGCGUCGUUUUCAACUUAUUAACUUAUUAGAUAAUAUUGAGAAAAUAUACACGGAGAAAAACAAUAGUCAAUAUAAAAAACUUGUUAAUGAUACUAAAGUUAAAACCGAUUCUGAAAUUGUUGAAUUUCUUCACAAUUAUAGUAUGUUUUUUAAAAUAUCUUAUUAUAGGAUAGUUUUAUCUGAAAUUUGUGACAAGGAAGUUAAUAAUUUUAAGUGUAAAUCAUAUUCAGAACUAAUGAAAUAUAUUAAAACACCAAAUGAAUUGAAUGAAUUCAAUUUAAAGUACCUUAAAAAAAUCGAUGAAAUAGAAAAUUUAUAUCAAAGAAUAAAUGUUAUAUUUGAACUACAAAAUAAACUACAUUCCUAA